UGCUAGUUGUUUCUCCAGUUGUUCUCUUUUCGACUACAUCCGAGCUGAAACUUCUUUCGAUCGUCUCUCUGUAGUCUGUACAGUCAGCUGCCACUAUGCCUUCGCUUCAUAUUGCAGUUUUGGUCGCUUUUACUUUAGUUGUUUCCAUUAAGUGUGGGAAAGGACUAGAUGAUCCACAAGUUUCUCUGAAAGAUAGAGAACAUAUUAUACCCUGGAAAUCAGAGGAUGAGUUUGCUGCAAUCAUUCGACAAGGAAUGAACAUUGGAACAACAGGGAAGACGGUUUUGAGUUUAAUUUUGCCUGAACUUUUGAAAUUAGGUUCAAAUAUGACAUUGUCUUCUCGAUGCGUAGCAGGAUUGGUGAGUUUCAUAAAAGGCCUAACAACGUACCAGCCUUGGGCUUUGGAAAUUAUUGAUGCAUCUGCAAAGAUAGAAAGUGGGCUUUUGAAAGGUAAAUUCAGUUUCAUUGGAUCAUACGACGAAUGCUUGAAUGUCCACAUCCCGGAUGAAAUUGCAUUGUCCUCAAAUGCUGUUCUUUCUGAUGUCAAAGGUCAAUAUUGCUCCGUUGUUCUACAACCAAAACUUCCCCAAAUGAACAUAACUGGAGAAGAGAAUGACACCUUGAAGUUAGAUACACUUGUUAGUUUUCAAGACAUAAAGAGGGGAGGAGAAGCUCUUGCUUCUAUGGGUGUAGAAGAAGGUUUAUCUUCUAUCCUUGGGUAUCGUAUUGGAGUGUGUAUUCCGAAUUCGUGCUCCCUUCUCGACUUGAAUGUUUUACUGAAAAAUGCGCUAGCACUUGUUCCCGUCGUCGAAGCAGCUGCAAUUAAGUGCGAAGUAAACGAUACUCCUCAACUGACAGCAGCACAGAUAUUAAUUACGGUACUUUUUAGUCUUCUUCUUCUUCUUCUUGUUCUCGGUACCUUACUAGACAUCCUAUUGAAUCAACAGAAAGAAACAGGGGACAAUAAUGAUAAUGCAACGCCAGUUUUGGAUAGUAAAGUAUCGAAAGUUCUUCUUUGUUUUUCUGUGUAUACAAAUGGAAAGAAAAUCUUGAAUACAAAAACAACUUCUGAAACUAUGGGGGCACUGCAUGGAAUCCGGUUUCUGAGUAUGACAUGGGUGUUACUUGGGCAUACCUAUGGUUUCCUCAAUUUUCAGGCAAUUGAAAACAUCGCGGAUGCUGCAGAAAUUACGAAGAAUUUUGCUUUCCUUGUGGUGUCUAAUGCUACAGUUUCGGUUGACACAUUUUUUUUCUUGAGCGGUUUUCUGGUAGCCUACGUUACUUUAAAGACGAUGCAGAAGAACAACGGUCACUUGAGUUUACCCUUAUAUUACUUUCAUCGAUUUUGGAGACUUACACCACCUUACGCCUUGGUAAUCGCCUUCACUGUUGUUUGGAGAAUCAUGUCACGUGGUCCAUUUUGGGACGAAAUGGUUAUAGUACAAGCGGAGAAUUGUAGAAAAAACUGGUGGGCAACGCUUUUGUAUGUCAGUAAUUUCGUCAACUCUGAAGAAAUUUGCCUAGGUCAUGGAUGGUAUCUCUCCAAUGACAUGCAGUUUUUCGUGUUGACUCCUUUGAUUAUCAUACCUAUUUACAAGUGGCCGAUUGCAGGACUAAUUAUCAACUUCCUUUUCCUAUUGGCAGCCACGAUAACUCCAGGAGUACUUAACUCUGUGAACAAUUUCCCACCUAAUAAUGUGUUAGGAGAAGAUGUUAAGAGAAUGAUGGAGCAAUUCCGAAUGAUUUACACCAAACCGUACUGUCGUAUGGGACCUUACUGCGUAGGCAUUUUUGCAGCCUACUUACUUUUGAAGCACAGGAAUAUAAAAAUCAAACCGAUCUUUCAAGUCAUUGGAUGGUGCUUAGCCAUUGCUUGUAACCUUUCUGUAAUCUAUGGCAUCUAUCCGUGGAACAAAGGUAAUCUGCCCAGUAACGAGGUGGCAGCACUGUACACAGCCACACAUCGAACAGCGUGGUCCUUGGGCGUAGCAUGGUUGACUGUAGCUUGCGUGACAGGACAUGGUGGUCCUGUCAACGCUCUUUUGUCUUGGAAAGCCUUCAUCCCUUUAGGGCGAUUAAGUUAUUUAACCUAUCUUUCGCACCCAUUGGUAAUGUAUUAUAACUUUGGACGCCGUAGAGGGAGCUUUUACUUUUCCCAUUACAAUGCGGUAUAUCUGUUUUUUAGCUACUUAGUUGUGUCUGUGGCAGUAGCAUUUGUUGCUUCUGUGGCGGUUGAAGGGCCGUUUAUGGCGUUAGAAAGGGUGAUACUGCCAAGAGAGAGAAAAACGAAAUCUGAGAAAACUGUGCCGAUGGAGAAUGAAAAAGAAAACAACGGGAGUGUUACUGUGGUGGUUACUAACGAAGAAAAAUCCGGCAUUGAUAACCCAACUUUCACCAAAGGCAAUAUUAAUACUUACAUGUAAUUUGAUUUUCCUUAGAAAACAAAUGGCAUUAAUAAUUGCAUUUGUAAA